AUGAUCACUACCUUUUUCAUCCACCAUUGCAUCUAUUUUUCCUUCUUCGGCAAAUCAGCACAACCUGGGCCUACCGGCCACGGUCAAACCAGAGAACCUGGCGCGGACGCCCCUCAGUCUCUGUUGUUUGUUGAGGAGGCUGGGUCAUCUAACAAUCAAAGAGCUGCUCCACACGUGGCUGAGCCAAGCAAGCCAGUACAACAGGGGCAGCAGGAGGUACCUAGAGCAGGAAGGGAGCGACGAAUUCUGAAAAAACAACAGAAGCAGAAGUUCUAUUGUCAGCAGCACCCAGCUGACGCAGGCAGCCCAGAGCCCAUGGAGUAUGAAUAG